AUGGCACCAAAGAUUAGGAAGCCUUACAUCAUCAGCAAACAAAGAGAAAAGUGGACAGAAGAUGAACAUAAGAGAUUUCUUGAAGCUCUGCAGCUCUACGGCAGAGCAUGGCGCCUGAUUGAAGAACAUAUUGGAACAAAGACAUCUGUGCAGAUUCGAAGCCAUGCUCAGAAGUUCUUCUCUAAGGUGGAAAGAGGAUCAAACAAUAAAGUUCAGAUUCCUCCCCCUCGUCCCAAAAGAAAAUCAAGCCAUCCCUACCCUCGCAAAAAUCAAUUUUUUGGGAAAUUAAAUGUAUCUCCAACGCCAAAAUUAUUUGUCUCAGAAGAACAGAACGGAUCACCAACGUCAGUUCUGUCUGCAACUUCAUCUGAGCCGUUGAAUCCAUUCAUUUUAAACAAACAUAACAGGAGCACAGCUCCAUUUGCAUCAGCUGAAGGAUCAAAUGAAGAAGAUAAUGGAAUUCAAUCAGAAUUGGAUUUGAGCUCUGAGGAUUCGAAAAAGGCAUCAAGUUUGAAGCUUUUUGGCAGAACAGUAAUGGUGGCUGAUUCUGCAAGUUCGUCUGAAGGAAACUCAGCUCAGAAAGUUAUUCAAAAUGGGAUUAAUGGAGGUUUUCCAUUGUCGUCUUCUGUGAAUUCUUACGAAGAAGCAGUUAACUCGGCUGGAAUGAUUCCUAUAUUAUGGUGGGGCUUAUAUUGGAAUAUGGCGUUUUUAGCUGAAAAUAAAAAUCUGAACUUUGAUUACAGAGAAUAUUUAGAUCAGAUUAAUGUGCAGAAUGAGAGUUGUUAUGCUGGUUAUGGAAGAAGUGAUUCGUUUGAUUCUCAGAAAGAUGAGUAUGGUGAGGGGAGGAAUGUAAGAGAGAAUCUAGUUUGUAGAGAUGAGAAAGUUGAGAGUGAGAGAAACUCUGGAAGGGGGUUUGUGCCUUACAGAAGGAUGGAGGUUGAAGAGAAUGUAUAG